AUGGAGCCGGCGGACCUGGGGCUCGGGGACUCAUCCUUGCACCGUUACCUGGACGGCGAGUUCUGGAGCCUCAAAAACGAGCUGCGCGGGCUCCUGGGCGGCUGUCCGCUCUUCCGGCCCAGGUAUGAUUUGAGUCUGGACGAAAUGAGAACUUUGACAUUUCAGAGAGUGACGUUUACCAUGGGUCUACCUCUGUUAAAACGUGCAAUUCAGGAUCAGGUGGAGAAAACAAGGAAUUUUGUCAGUCGGAGCCUGGUCAUAGGAGAAGUCCUCUCCAUAGCGGACAUGGCCACAGGAGUGAAGUGUGGAAUAAUUUACUGGCUGUUCGGUGGGGCCAUCAGAAAUCUCGGAGGCCCAGCACACGUAACUCAGUGGCUUCAGCCUCUCCAGGAGCAGAAAUACACGGGGAUGUUUGCAAUGACCGAGAGGGGCCACGGGAGCAACGUCAGAGGGAUCCAGACCGAAGCCACCUUUGACUUCUCUGCACAGGAAUUUGUCAUUGACACACCAUGUAAAAAUGCUGAGAAGAUGUACAUUGGAAAUGCGAUGUACGGGAAUUACGCAGCAGUCUUUGCCCAGCUCAUCAUAAACGGAAGAUCUCAAGGGCCCCACUGCUUCAUCGUUCCUGUCCGAGAUGAAAAUGGAAGCUUGUACCCAGGAGUGACGGUUGUUGAUAUGAUGCAUAAAGAAGGUCUGCAUGGUGUGGAUAACGGGAUUCUGAGAUUUGACAAUGUUCGGAUACCGAGGGAGAACCUGCUGGAUAAGUUCGGUUCCGUGGCUCCAGAUGGCCAGUACCACUCCCCCAUUAAGGACAAGAGUGCGAGAUUCAAUGCGAUGCUGGCGGCGCUGACCCCUUCUAGACUCGCUGUGACUUUCCAAGCCAUGGGCUCUAUGAAGCUUGGGCUGACGAUAGCCAUUCGCUAUAGCCACAGCCGGAGGCAGUUUGGACCCAAAGCCAGGGAAGAGGUCAAGAUUAUUGAGCACCAAACGCAGACCCUGCGGCUGAUGCCUCAUCUGGCCACUGCCUUGGCCCUGACCUUCGCCGGCAGGUAUGCCAGCACCCUUCUGGAUGAGGACAUCUUCCAUGGGAAGGAGCUUGUCAGCAGUCGCACACUGCAGGCGCUGGUGGCAGGGCUGAAGGCCUACAGCACCUGGGAGAACGUCAGCUGCCUGCAGGACUGUCGCGAAUGCACCGGAGGCAUGGGUUACAUGAUGGAAAAUCAAAUCUCAGGCUUAAAAUGCGACACAGAUGUGUUUGUCACUUUUGAAGGUGACAAUGUUGUCAUGCUGCAGGUUGUGGUUCGGGAACUGCUGGCUCAGUACACUAAGCAGUGUGAAGAAAGACCGGUCUCCAGCUUGCUCCGAAACUGGGCAGAAUCAGGGAGUGACAGGCUGAGAACCAGUUUCCUGGCAUUUAACAUGGACACAGUUGGUAACCUCACCUUUCUGUUGAAAGCAGUGCAUUUUCGUGAAAGGACUCUUCAGCGGGGUUUGGUGGCCCGGAUUUAUUAUAAGGUGAUGACCGAGAAGGAGGACUUUUUCAGUGCCUGGAACUCAUGUCUUCACCACAUCACCUGCUUGUCUCUGGCGCAUAUUCACCGAGUUACUUUAGAGCAGUUCUGCCUGGCUGUAAGGAACUGUCCUGACCAGGAGGACCAGGCUUUGUUAAAGAAGUUUUGUCUGCUAUAUGGAACCAAGCUUGUGUUCCAGGAGCGAGGCUGGUAUCUGGAACAUAAAUAUUUGACUCCCGUGACCAGCAUGAGGAUUAGGCGUCAGUUGCUCCACUUGUGCAACUCAGUGAAGGAUGAUGCCCUAAGGGUGAUCUCUGCCUUUAACAUCUCACACGCCUCCCUCCACGCACCGAUCGCUGGAAUCGCCAACCCGAAGGCCGCCUGGGUUUUGUACCCAGCACCACAGCAUUCCCUGGCCGGGGAAAGAGCGCAGUCUCCGCGGCCCAAGCUGGGAGCCAAGCUGUAA